GAGACCGGGGGUUAAAAAUCUAGAGACUGAAACAAUAAAAAUACUAAACGAUCGCUUUCCCACACACACACACACACACACACACCACCUAUACAGUGACUGAGGCAGGGCAGAGGACAUGGAGGACUGAGACCUGAGACCGUGCCGAGGACUUUUGCGUCUGUUAACAGAAACAUUUGAAGUUAAAUGCGAAACGUUGAUCAAACGGUGCAGACGUGUCUCUCUCUCUCUCUCGGUUGCGCUCUCGCCUGCGGAAAAUCUGCGACAUUUUCCAUCGACAACUGAUUUUCGUGGCACUUAGCACUUGGCACCUGGCCCACACAGCAUUCAGUGAACUCUAGACUGGUGAAAAAGAUUGAUUGUGCUUGAAUAAAAUAAGAACUAAGUUGCCAAAUACCAAAUACCAAAACAAAACAAGUGCCAUGUCUUCCUCUGAGGCUGAAGUCGAUAUCAGUGUGGUGUCCAGUCCCGAGCCGAGUCCACUGGGCGCCGCCGGAAUGAGCAACGGCCGGGAUAGUCCGCUGGCCCGUUCGCCGGCCCGCUCCGCCGACGGUAGCACGCCGCCGGCCACACCAACGCACCGCUCCACGCCCAACACAGCCGCCGGCACGCCCACAUCCUCGUCAGCGGCCACAACGGGACACUAUCACCACAGUCCCAAUGGAGGCGCUGUGCCGCCGGCGGUGCUGCACCACCAUCUGCAGCAUCAUCUGAGCACGCUGGGCGGCCAUCCGGUUGCGCUGCACCAUGCGCUCCACAGCUUCGGGCAUCUGCAUACCGGACACGUGGCCACACAUCCCGCACUGCUGCAGCACGCCCUGACCCCCACCGCACACCAGCACAUCCAGCAGCACCAUGGGGAGCGGCUCAGUCCGCCGCCCAAGUCGCCGGACCGAAAUGGCUGCGAGGAGUUGCAGGGCCACAGCCUGAACAACAACAACAGCAAGACACUGAACCACAACAACACUUGCGCCUCGGCCGCGGCGGCAGCGGUGGCAGCAGCGGCGGCGGCAGCAGCGGCCUCCAUUGGAGCCAACAGCAACGACAGCAACGGGAGCAGCAACGGGAACAAGGCCACCACGGGCUCGAACGGCUUCACCAGCUUCUCCAUCUCCAGCAUCCUGAGCCGCAGCGAGCCGGCGAAGAAGAACGGCGCCUCCACACUGAUAACGCCGAUCCCGCAACUGCCACACCCGGGUCCUGGCGGACCCCAGGACGCAGCCAUGCUCUCCAGACUGGGCUUCAUCUCGCAAUGGGGAGCGCUGGCAGGGCGCUAUGCCGCCCUCUGUCCGCCCGGCUGGCCCUGGGCCCCACAACGCCUGCCGUUCCACAGUCCCACCCAUGACAGCUCCUCCACAAACACCACUGAGAAUCCCCCGUCGCCCACCUCCAUGAGCCCCAACCAGAGCAGCAACAACAACAACAACAACAACAACAGCAGCAGCACUGCCAACACGAACGGCUCGAGUCAGGCCAGCAGCAAGUCGCCCCCGCCCGGAGUGGUGUUCCCGCACCACCAUCCACUCUACCAGCCCCAUCAGCAGCAGCAGCAACAGCACCACCAGCAGCAGCAGCAGCAGCAACAGCAUCCACAGCAGCACCCACAACAGCAUCCACAUCAGCCCAGCACGCCCACCAGCAGCAACAGUGGCAGCAGUGGCCUGGCGCACCAUACGCACCAUAUGGCCGGGUCGCAUUCCGGGGGGUACAUGCUGCCCACCAGCUCCAAUGAGUCGGACGACGAUGGCGAGGAAAUCAUCGAGGAGGACGACGGCACGGAUGGGCCCUCGGACAGCUCCUCGCCGCACGGCGAUGGCAACGGCUCCAAGCGCAAGAAGAAGACGCGGACCGUGUUCUCGCGGGCGCAGGUCUUUCAGCUGGAGUCCACGUUCGACAUGAAGCGGUACCUCAGCUCGUCGGAGCGCGCCGGUCUGGCCGCCUCGCUGCGCCUCACGGAGACCCAGGUGAAGAUCUGGUUUCAGAAUCGCCGCAACAAAUGGAAGCGUCAGCUGGCCGCCGAGCUGGAGGCCGCCAAUAUGGCUAACAUGGCGCAUGCGGCCCAGCGGCUGGUGCGUGUCCCGGUGCUCUACCACGACGGCACAACAGCUGGCUUCGUUCCGCCACCGCCGCCACACCACCACCCGAUGCAGUACUAUGCAGCGGCCGCUGCACGCAACACCAGCCCCCCGCGGCCGCCGCUGUCGUCGCUGGUAUAGGGCGUGGGGUGCCUGGCGGCGCCCAUGUCGCUGAUGAAGCCGCCAACGCCCACAUCAAUGGUGCUAGCAAUGCCCCCGAUGCCGCCGCGCACGCCCGCUCCGUUCCUGCUGAGACACUGCUCGAUGGACGCCGAUUCGGAUGAGGAGAGGGAGCGCAUGGCCUUGGACGAGGACGAUGCCGCCAUCGAUGUGGAGGCCGAUGAGGAGCACGAGGCCGACACGAUGCACGAGACUCGAGAGACUCCCAUCCGGUCAUCGACACCAUUGACUCUGCCAUUGUCCAUGUCUCUUCCUCUGCCUCUGGCGGAGGUGUGCACAAAAAGCGGCAAUUGCCUGGAACGCAACGAGAGUCUGGGCACCGGCUCAACUCAGUCGAUGGAGGCCACUUCCACAUCCACAUCCACAUCGUCUUCCGUUGCUGCUGAUGCUGCUGCUGCUUCAGCUGAUGCGGAUAAAUCGAUAAACCAAAAGGCUUACUGAGACGAGCCGAGCCGAGCCGGGCCGGGCCGAAUAACCGUGGCCACGUCCACACCAAUUGGUUUCAACGCAAUCCAAGCAACGGCUUACUCCAGUCCCGCUUGACAUGCCCAACCACAACCCCAACCCCAUCAUACCCCUAACGAAAUCUAUAAAUGCCACGGCAAAAAGUUUUUGAUAGUUUGUUCCUAAAACUCUUGUAAAUACUUACUUACUGGCUGGUCGGGGGCUAAUCCCGCACAACUGCUCUGCUCUACUACUAUUCUCCUAUGCCCAUGCCCUGUAAAUGUAAAUGUCUCUUGCUCAAUAAGAUUUAGGCUUGUAAAUUGUUCGUGCGUUUUGCUUUUAGCGUAGCCAAGGCCCCUCCACCGUGUACAUAGACCAUAUAUAAAUAUGCAUAUACCUUAUAUUAUAGGUGGGUGUGGUGUUUUUUGUUUCUGCUUCGAAAUAUUUCAAUUGCUGGUCAAGUGUAAGUGCAGCUCGAGAAAUGCUAAGCCCAUCCUCUUCGGUUCUCUGGCCCAACCAAACCAUGAUUGCUAGUUAAGUGUUAUUCGUAAACAGAGAAUGCGGAGGGAGGGAGGG